CCGGCAAACUUAUCAGACAGUCGGUUAUCGAUUUAACACUUAACAGAAAUACUCCACCAAAUAAUCAAAUUUAACAGAAGCAGAGUAACAGAACCGUAGAACAGCUGUGCAAACAGUACAUUUCUGGUAACUUACAACACUGAUCUAAGCAGAAUCUGUUCAUCCCGCUAAAUAUUUUGUUUAUUGUGCGGUGCUCGGAGUUUAAACCUUUUAAAACGUUUGAAUAUGGAAGUGGAAAACAAUAACAACACGAUUGUACCUGAAAACAAAAAGGAACACUUUGCUUGUAAGCGCUCAGCAACUGUCGAGGAUGAAGACAACGCUGAAAAAAUCAAAAGGCUGAAACAAAAUGGACUCGAGUCCAGCAGCGAAGCUCAAGGAGCGGACGCACAUGUGACUGAGGGCACAAACAAAAAACUGAUGGCUCAGCGACCACCCGCACAUAGUCCCAAGAAGCGAAUUCAGCUGGACAAUAAAAACGCAGCUGGACUGGACAAGAAGCCCAAAUAUAAUAAACAUGAAACGUUUAUGUUUGGAAACUAUAGACACUAUUAUGGGAAGCGUAUACUGGACAAGGACUUCCAUGACAUACGCUUGGAUGUGCUGGCCACACAGCCGGAGUUGUUUCGCGGCAAGCAAUUGCUCGACAUUGGCUGCAAUUCGGGUCAUUUGUCCUUAGAGAUAGCCAAGAAAUUCGAAGUCAAGAGUCUUGUUGGGUUGGACAUAGAUCGCUUUCUGACACACGAGGCUCAAAUGGCCGUAAACCUACUCAAACGAACCAACAAUGUUUCGGCAGCAAAUGCUGCCGGCAGGUUUCCAUACAAUGUAAAAUUUGUGCAUGGUAAUUAUGUGCUGGCCGACGACGUCCUGCUCGAGAUAGAGCGUCCACAAUACGACGUAAUCCUAUGUCUAUCCGUCACCAAAUGGAUACACCUGAACUUUUGUGAUGCGGGCUUGAAGCAGGCAUUCCGACGUAUGUACCUGCAGCUUCGUCCCGGAGGCAAGCUGAUACUAGAGCCCCAGUCAUUUGAUACCUAUAAGCGACGCAAGAAGCUCACGGAUAACAUACGAGAGAACUACAAUGCCAUUCAUUUCAAGCCAGAACAGUUUACAGCCUAUCUACUCAGUCCCGAGGUGGGCUUUGCCGCCAUGGAACUAAUGGGCGUGCCGGAGCACUGCCAAGCAGGCUUUAAGCGUCCCAUACAGAUCUUUAGCAAAGUCUAGUCUCUAUCAACAGUUUUUGGUUUUAUCGUAAAA